CGGAAGAGAGAGAGCAAAGUCCUCCAAAGAUGUGGUGUGUUGGGACCUUGGGUUCAAAAACCAUGACACCAUCUGCCCCUUUCCCUCUCGCUGGAGCUGCGAGCAGAGCCCCCACCAAUUCCCUCGCUUCAUUCCACCUCCACCGUGCCUCUCGGCGUCCCCGCCCUCCUUCCGCCGUCUCUCUUUCAAAUCACUCGUCCUUCGGACCCAAGCUCUCUUCGAAGAAGAUCCUCACUAUCCGAUGCUCCGCCGCAUUAACUCCGGAGCUGAAGAAUACGUUGGACAAAGUUGUUACUUCACACAAAGUGGUUCUAUUUAUGAAGGGAACAAAGGAUUUUCCACAAUGUGGUUUUUCUAACACUUGCGUACAGAUAUUGAGGUCUUUGAAUGUACCCUUCGAAACAAUAAACAUACUAGAAAAUGAACUUCUGCGCCAGGGAUUAAAGGAGUAUUCGAGUUGGCCAACAUUUCCUCAACUCUACAUUGAAGGAGAGUUUUUCGGAGGCUGUGACAUCACUGUUGAUGCAUACAAAAGCGGGGAGUUGCAGGAACUAUUGGAGAAGGCAAUGUGCUCGUAAACUGUUUGUAUGUAGAUAUGCAAAAGGUCUCUCUUGUUCUUAUGGUGAAUGGAGAUUUAUGGACGUUGUGGAAGGAGAAACCAAACGCGACUUCGGGUGCUAGAAAAAUGCUUAUAAGUUAUAACCUUUUGAACUACAACUUCAUAUGUAUAAGUUAUAACCAUUCCUUGUGUUCGGACUCUGAAUCCAACAAACCAUGGAUGAUAUCAAUCUUCGUAAA